AUGGGGCCCUCCCGCCUGGCGUGCUGGGUCCUGUGCCUGGCGCUGACUCACCUGCGAGCAGGGGGCUUCGUGGUGCACAUGCAGACGGACUGCCCGCUCUCCGCCGACGGCCGCGCCCUCUGGGCCAACUGGACGCUGUCCUUCAACAAAGUGCCCUUCGUGUGCUACGACAAUGAGGACCGCGCCUUCGUGCCCUGCGGCAUGGGGGCCACCUUCCCCUGGAACUACACCACGGUGCCCAUCGCCGCCGUCCUGCAGAGAGCGUUCCCGCCGACGGGCCAGCUGCAGCGCGCCUGCCAGGAGCAGAUCCAGUCGCUGUGGGGACGCAGCGGCGACCGACGCACCCCGCCGAUGGCCCGCAUCGUCCCCGUCACCCCGCGCAACACGGUGGCACCCGUCAUGCUGGCCUGCCUCGUGUGGGGCUUCUACCCGCAAGAGGUGGGCAUCUCCUGGCUGCGGAACGGGGCCCCGGUGCAGGCCGGCAGAGGCACCCCCACCCUCUCCAGCAACGGGGACUGGACCUACCAAGCCCAGCUGACGCUCCCCGUCGACCCCCGCCUUGGGGGGACCUACAGCUGCCGUGUGAUCCACGCCAGCCUUCCCGCGCCCCUCACCGUGGACUGGGUGGUGCCAGGGCUGCAGCCAGAGGUGAAGGCCAAGAUCGGCGCCUCUGCGGCAGUGCUGGGCGUGGGCAUCGUGGUUCUCAUCACCGGGUUGAUCUUCUGGAGCAAGCGGAUGCCAGAAGGUGAGAGCUCGUGCGGUGGGAUGGGAAGCCCCUUCGUGAGGGGCGGGCCCGCUCCCCACGGAUUGGGCCCCGGGGGACGGAAGCCGUGGGGGAAGCGUGCCGGUUCUGGCCGAGGGCUUGUAUGA